GGCGAGCAAAAAUUUAGGCUGAGCGACUUGACCGUCAUGAACGCGACAAUCGGGAGAACGGUAACAGUAAACUUCACGCUCACGGUGACCGAGGAACUGGCAGACGACCCAAAAGUGGAAGUGACAGUCUACAAGCAGAACGGGAAGAAAAUUUCCUGCCCGACACGGGGAGGGUCGUGCGUCUACAAGCUCUGCGGAGGAACAAGCAAUGCGGAGAAGUUCCUCGGACAGCUUUGGAACAACGAGUGCCCGGUUCCUGCGAGGGAGAGGCAGGAGUCAGCCAGCGCCCGGUUGGACCCCAUGAUACAGCUUGUCAUUGGUCGUGCACCAACGACACUUACUGUUGAAUAUAAGGUGAAGAAUGGUGGUUCUACGGUUGGAUGCCAAUCAUUUGACGUUCGUGUUGAUGCUGCUUGAACGUCAAGGUAGGAAUGGAGCACUUCCGCAGGUGAAAUGCCACGGCUACCGCCUUUGGCGAAC